AUGACCCUCUCGCAUUUGGAUCGCGGAGGCGUCCAGGGAGCCGACCGCGCCAUGCACUUUUAUCACAGGGUAGCCGCGCCAGCCCUGACCGGAUCACUAAACAAGAUGUUUUGGACCACAGUCGUCGUGCAGGUCGCGAACCAGGAGCCCGUCGCUGGCCACGCCGUGCUGGCUCUUAGCUCUCUCUACGAAAACUUUUCCAAGGGAGCACAAGAAGCAGCGCCCUUCGCCGCAUGGCAUUAUAACGAGGCCAUCAGGCUACUCCGCACGACAAAGGACCGCGCCCUGGUCCUCUUCGUCUGUGUGCUCUUCGUCUGCAUAGAGCUCUUCCGAAAGAACCCACAAGAUGCCAUCGCCCACUACCGGCACGGGAUCAAUAUCCUCAACGAAAUGCACUCUGAGUCCGACUUCCUUCGAAACCAUGUGGUGCCUACCAUGCGACAGCUGAGCCUUGUACCCUACUGCUAUGGCGUUAACCCCAGGACUUUCCCGACCAUUGAUAGACCUGUUCCAUCAGCUUCCUCGCAAUUCGCGAGCGUCGCAGAAGCACACGCACGACAACUACCUCUACAUACUCGCGUGGCCCGAUUCUUGCGCAUUGGCGAGGAGAGACGCCUUGCGAAAGGAUGCAAGGGACCCGAGCCGGACAGGAAGUGGACGCGGAACUUUAUCCUGCUGGACCUAGACAGCUGGUACGCGGCAUUCGAGACCCUCAAAGACAGCCAUCAACACGAUGAUAAGGAUCAAGCUGUUCUCUACCUCCUGGAGACCCGAUACCUCACAAGCAGAAUUGAGCUUUCGCAGUCUCAGUUGGAAUCAGAGUGCGAUUGUGACGCCUACUUGGAUGACUAUCGUCACGUCGUUGACUUGGCAUCUAAAGUUGCGGCCCUUUCCGCCGAUCCAGGUUCAUCGAGUGUUAAAAAAUUGUACCCGGACGAUUCAGCAAUUGAGCUAGGGUUUAGUCCACUCCUGUUCACCAUCGUGGCCAAGUGUCGGUUUUUGAGUGUGCGGACCGCCGCCUUGAAGUUGAUGGGGCAGCUGGCGCGUCCGAGGGACAACAUCUGGGCGAAGCGUCUUACGUUAGCGAUGGCCCGGCGUAUCAUUGAAAUUGAGCAUCAAAUCUCUUUGGGUGAUAUGGAUUUGGAUGGCCGGAUUAAAGACGGAGAGCUUCCGCCGGAGGAGAGACGGGUUGUGCGUCUGGACUAUUUGAGCGCGGAGAAAAGGAAGCGCGGGCCCUCGACAGUCAUCACAUUUUUCUUCAGAGAUCCGGGUAGCGGCAACCUCAUCCCAAGGGAGGAAUGGGUCACCUUGGAAAAGAAGCCGAGUACUUCGCCAUGA